AUGCAGAAUAAGUCAGCAAUAUAUCAAAAUAAUAAUAGUAAUAACCCCAAAUCGAGAAGCAAACAUCCGAAACGAUGUUCUCUAAUCAUUUAUCAUAUCACUACGAGCAGACUAUUUCAUGUUUAUAUUUAUGAUCAUCGUAAUCCAGCGAAAUUUCAUCAUGUACACAUACCAGUGGGUUUAUUUUCAAUUAGUACACAUGUUACAUGGUUAUCUAUGGAAAAGUCUGUUUUGCCGUAUAAUCUUGAAAUUAGUGAUUCACGAUGGACAAUGGCUGGAACAAUGAGUUUAGUUGGUCUAUUAACAGCUAUUGGAGCUUUCAUUGUUCAUAUCAUUUUGACUCGGUGUAAAGCUAAUCAUAAAUGGUCGAAUGUACUCAUUGAAGUUUUAUUACUUCUAGCGGCGGUUAUGUGUAUUUUAGUUGGAUUAAGUUUAGCUGAAACAGAAAUUGAAUAUAUUCAUGAUCAUGGAGAUGCAGAUCUAACGCAGAUGUUACUCUCGAACAGAUUAUUGGGGACAAAACCACCACCGUCAUCAUCGUCAGGAGCAGCAGGCAGCGGCAGGAGAUGGAUAUACAAAUCAAUGGAGACUGGAUAA